ACUAUUAGAAAUCAGUCCAUAAUAUAAAAUGUAAUAUAAGUCGCAUCAGGCUUUUGAUUCAUUUUAAUUUUGUCGUUUGUAGGGCCAAUAUUUGUCGACAACAUUACUAUUAUCAUAAGAAAAUAGAAUAAUUACGUUUUUUUUAAAUAAGAAUCCAAAGAUCGGAAUUUAUCAUUCUUUUCGAAUGAUUGAUAUUGGGUUGGCAAUUAAGUGAUUGCGGAAAGUGUAAAAUCCAUCUAUCGACAAAAUCCGCAAUCAUUUAGUUGCCAACCCAAUAUUUAGAAAUAAAAAGUGGAGUCAUCUGUUGUAAGACGAUUGUACUUUGGACAAAUGCAGUUAUUUCCAAUUGAUUCUAAUAUCAUCAGUUAUCUGUAUACCUUUAAUGAUAAUAUAAACAUGAACUGUAACUAACUUCAGCACUUUCAUUGGUGGAUUCGAACAUACUGUUGCCUACUAUUAUUGCCUAUCAAUGUGUGUGACUAUCAAUUGCUCAUUUAAUUUAAAAUCACGUAUUUAUAAUAUAAAUAUACUUCUCGUAAUCGUACUUUUCUGUACAAGUGUUUUUACAAGAUUUUAUAUAAUGUAAAAUUGUUUGAUAAGAUUGUAAACAAAAGUAUGUCUAAUAAUACGAAUUCACUUUUUGAUUUGAAUAUAUUUGAUGCUGAUAAUUGCUGUAAUAAUACAUUAAUAGAAGCAAAUAUAGGAGUAACGCCUGAAUCUGUAAAUCCUAUUACUUCUAUACUUUCAUUAGAUGAUACAUUAUUACAAAAUAUUGAAGAUAAAGCUUGUAAUGAAAUUCAAAAUUUAAAUUUCACUGAAGAUAAAGAAGCAAAAACUACUUUUAAAACACAGUCAACUACCAAUUUGUUACAAAUAUGUAGAAAACAAACAUUUGGACAGGAAAUUAAGACAAUGAAAACAACUGAUUUAAUUAAAUCAUCGGAUAAAUCUUUGGAAGAUGAAAAUGUAUGGAAACAAUGCAGUUUAUUGGACGUAACAUUUAGCGAAUUUUAUAAUGUUGAUGAUGAGACAGAUGAUACAAGCCAAAAUGAUAUAUUUGAUAUAAUUGAUAUUUCUAAUAAAAGCAUAGAACAAAAUAAGUUAGAAGAUAAAAAAUCAAUUAUAGAUGAUAUUAAUACAACAAAAAAAUUGUGCUUUGAUAAUGAAGAGUCUACGAAAGAAACCAUACAGUUCAAUAAAAAAACUGACAGCAUUCAUUCUUUUUAUGGACUUCCGGUUGCUGUAAAACAAUUAAUUCAUAAGAUAAAGGGUUUUAAUACAUUAUAUAGUUGGCAGGAUGAAUGUUUGCAAUUAGAUGCUGUAAAAAAUAGAAAAAAUUUAAUUUAUGCACUUCCAACUAGUGGGGGUAAAACUUUAGUAGCAGAAAUUCUAAUGCUUAAAGAAAUUAUAUGUAACAAAAAAAAUGUUAUCUUCAUUCUUCCAUUUGUUGCAAUAGUACAAGAAAAGAUCCAAACAAUGACACCAUUUGCUAUAGAAUUAGGUUUUUUGGUGGAAGAAUAUGCUGCUACAAAAGGUCAUUAUCCUCCUAAGAAACGACGUAAAAAGAAUACUAUUUAUAUAUGUACAAUAGAAAAGGCAUUAGGAUUGAUUAAUAGUUUAAUAGAAUUAAAAAGACUAAAUGAAAUAGGCCUUUUGAUAGUUGAUGAAUUACAUUUACUUGGUGAAAAUGGUGGUCGUGGUGCUACAUUGGAAAGUCUUCUUACAAAAAUUAUGUAUAUUAAUGAGGAUAUACACAUAGUUGGAAUGAGUGCAACUAUAGGAAAUUUAGAAGAGGUAGCCCAGUUUUUGAAUGCAGAGUUAUAUACUGGAACCUUUCGACCUAUUAAAAUACAGGAAUAUGUAAAAUGCCAAGAUGAUAUGUGGUUAAUUGAUAUACAUAAGGAAGAAGUAUUAACAGAUAUGAAAAAAAUACAUUUUCCUUAUUCAAAAAAAGCUAAUGUGAUAGAUCCAGAUAAAAUUGGAGGUUUAGUUAUGGAUAUUGUACCAAAGGAUUCAUGUCUUAUAUUUUGUUCUAAUCGAAAAAAUUGUGAAAAUAUUGCGUUACUUAUGACUAAAGUAUUAUUCAGGUCCUUGGAAAACCAUAAAAAGGCAGAAAAAGAAAAAUUAUUAAAUGCACUUACAAGAGAAGAAGGUUUAUGUCCAAUUCUGAAACAAACAAUAAAAUUUGGUGUAGCUUAUCAUCAUUCUGGUCUUACAUCCGAAGAACGGAGAUUAUUAGAGGAUGCUUUUAGAGAAGAGGUUCUUUGUGUAAUAUGUUGUACAUCAACUUUAGCAGCAGGUAUAAAUUUACCAGCAAGAAGAGUCAUAUUGAGAAGUCCAUAUGUUGGUAGACAAUUUUUAAAUAUUAGUAAAUAUAAACAAAUGAUAGGAAGAGCUGGUCGUGCUGGGUUAGGAAAUAUUGGAGAAAGUAUACUUAUUUGUAGGAGUCAUGAAAUUCCACAGGUCAAGGAACUUUUGAUAUCAAAAAUGGAUGAUUCAUUAAGCACUUUACAUAUAGAAAAAGAUAGAGGUAUAAAUAAUCUUAUUUUAAGUGCUAUAUUAUUAUCUAUAGCAACAACUCGAUUUGAAUUGUAUGCUUUAAUUGCAAAGAGUUUACUUAGUGUUCAGCAGAAACGUUUGAAUAUUAAUAUUAAACAGAUUAUGGACGAAACAAUACGUAUUCUACUUAAAAAUGGUGUUUUAAAAAUUCAUACAAUGGAUAAAUGUAAUAUUAUUAAAUCCAUAAGUAUUACUAUUCCAUCUCAAGAAACCAUAUGUAUAGUAGAUUCUGAAGUAACAAAUAAAAAACAAAUAAUGGCUCUCACAUCUAAAACUAAAUUAGAACUUUGUGAUUUAGGACGUGCUGCCAUCAAAGCUGGUAUAGAUUUGCAGUCUGCAUAUGAAUUAUAUGAAGAUUUAAAAACAGCACAAAAACAUUUAAUUUUAACUGAUUAUCUUCAUCUUCUGUAUUUGAUGACUCCUUAUAACAUAUUAAAUCAAAUACAACCAAUAGGAUCUGUGUAUUAUGAUGCAAUAACAAAAUUAUCAGACGUUCAAAUGGAAAUAGUAAGACUUAUAGGAAUAAAUGAAUUUAUAAUAACUAAAUUACAUUGUGGAAUAAUAUCAAAGAAUGUAAAUAUUAAAGUACUUCAGAGAUUUUAUGUAACUUUAAUGAUUUAUGAAUUAUGGAAUCAUCAUACAAUUCAUUCUGUAGCUGAAAAAUAUCAAGUAAACAGAGGAAUUGUACAAAAUUUAUUGAACACAGUAUCAUCUUUCUCUUUUUCUGUUGUUAGAUUUUGUCAGGAGUUUGAUGAAUUUUGGGCAUUUCGAGAUUUAUUAAAUACUUUUAGCAAAAAGUUAUCUUAUUGUUGUCCUUCAGAACUGGAAAUAUUGAUGCAACUUCCAACAGUGAAAAUGGGUAGAGCAUAUCAGUUGUACAAUGCUGGGUAUACAACUUUGCAAUCUAUAGCUAAGGCAAACCCAUACGAAAUGCAACAAAAAAUACAGUAUCUUACGAAACGAAUUGCUAUACAAAUUAUUACUGCAGCUAACCUUCUAGUUUUAGAAAGAAUAGAAGAUUUGAAAGACGAAGUGGAAAACAUUUCGGAAGAAAUAAAUCUAAGUAAUUUAGAAAUAUUUUAAAGUGCAUUUUAUAAAUUAAGAGUUAUAUGUAUGUUUAUAUAAAUUAUUAAGAUCGUGUUUUUUUUCUAUUUUUGUUAAAUAUAAUAUUCAUCGUGCG